AUGAACGUUCCAAAUAUUAGUUCGCCGGAACAACAUCAGGCCCAGGGGCAGCUGCAGCAGCAGCAGGGGCAGCAGCAGGCACCGCAACAUGGGUAUUACGAGGAGGAUCCUAGGCAGCAGGCGGUUGGAGGCGGGCCGGUUAUGGGUGCAGGGACGGCGGUGAAUGCAGGGGCGGGAGGCGGUGGUCCGCAGGGGGCGGGGGCCGGGGGUCCUGUCAAUAACAAUCCUGCGGUGAUGGUUGCGGCGCCCGGGGGGUACUAUAUGACGCCUGCGUAUCCGGGGACGAUUCCGACUCUUCCUCAGCAGAACACGCAGCAGUUUUCAGACGCUAUGUUUAAUUCAUUCCUGGCACAGUUUGGGGGUCAGAGGCAGCAGCAGCAGCAGCAGCAGCAGCAGGCUCAGCAGCAGCAGGCUCAGCAGGCGGUGCAGCAGCAGCAGUAUGCGGCGGCGCAGUAUAUGAAUCAGUUUGCGCAGAGUGUGCAGGGGCAGCCUCAGCAGCAGCAGCACCGCCAGCAGCACCAUCACCAGCAGCAGCAGGGCCAGCAGGGCCAGCAGCCAAAUUCACAGAGGUAUUUCCACGCCGCAAUGGCGGCGGCAGCAGGGGGCCCUGCGAUGCUUGAGUUCCAGCCGCAGUUUACAUAUGCGAUUCCGCCGCAGUCGUCGCUGGCCGCGUCGCAACAGGCGUCUGCGCAGCACCACCAACAGCAGUUCUUGCAGCCAACUUCCCGUUCGGGGUCGCGCGCAGGGUCUGCUCGGCGUGGGCACAACCAGUAUGGGGCCGGGCCAGGUGCGGGGGCGUCAGCGAACCCUGCCCCUCAGCCCAAGAAGAUGAGUACGACGCAGUCGCGGAUUGAAAAACGUAAGCGGUUAAAAAAACAGGGGCCCAAAAGGCCUUCUUCUGCGUACUUUUUGUUUUCCAUGUCGAUCCGCGAAGAGCUGUUAAGACAAUACCCUGAUGCCAAGGUCCCCGAGCUGUCUAAGCUUUCUAGUGCUCGCUGGAAAGAACUCUCGGAAGAGGAUAAAAAACCGUUUUACGGACAAUUCAAGGACAACUGGGAAAAGUACCGUAUUGCCAAGAAGGAGUACGAGGCAACGUUGCCACCCAAGCGCCCUUCCGGCCCUUUCAUUCAGUUUACGUCGGAAUUGCGUCCGAAACUCCUCAAGGAUAAUCCUGACAAGUCCUUGAUCGAGAUUACUAAGCUUGUUGGGGAGCAGUGGAGAAAUCUACCCUCUGAGGAGAAACAGAAAUAUACCGAUGCCUAUAAGCAAAAGUUGAAGGAAUGGGAAGAGUUUUACCCGGAAGACGAUGCUGACGUCACGCCAACCAGCGGUCCUGCAACCUCCGUUCAUACCACAGGUAGCUCCACUACUAUUUCCGUGAACGCUGAACACUGA